AACGCGACAUUUUGUACUUACGGUGAUUAAAGUAUUUUGAAUGUACUAUUUUCCCAUUACAAUACGCCUCUUCGAAAUCGUUGGGAACCUUUUUUUUUCUCUCUCUGUGGUUUGUCGGUGAUAUCGAGGGAAAAAAAUGCAUUGUGUCGUGAUAUGGUAUUCGGUAUUGUUUUCCGUCGUCCUGCUUCAUUCGGCACGAGGACAAGUCAGUUACUCCAUUCCAGAAGAAAUGACUAAAGGCUCAAUUGUGGGAAAUAUCGCGCAGGAUUUGGGCUUGGAUUUACAAAGACUAAGGUCAGGAAAAGCGCGCUUAUAUACAGGCGACAGUACUGAAUACAUUGGUCUCAGUAAAGACACUGGCUUGCUGCUUAUCAAAGAGAAAAUGGAUCGCGAGUCUCUUUGUGCAAAAACGACCCCAUGCGCUUUGCAUCUUCAGCUGAUUUUGGAAAACCCCAUGGAAUUAUACACGAUUACGGUUGAAAUCACGGAUAUAAACGAUAAUCCACCCACUUUCCAGAAAAAGCGAAUUCAGUUUGAAAUCAGUGAAUCGGCUGCAACAGGCGCGAGAUUCUUGCUGGAGGGAGCCGUGGAUGCCGACGUAGGAGUUAAUGAUCUUCAAAGCUAUUCUCUUAAACCAACUGAUAAUUUUGUCCUUGAACUGCACAGUCAGCCAGACGGUGAUAAAAGCGUCGAAAUGGUUUUGCAGAGAUCACUUGAUAGAGAAAAGAAAGUAGUGGUUACAUUAUUGCUAACCGCUUUUGACGGUGGUGAUCCGCAGUUAUCGGGAACUGUUCAAAUAGAUGUUACUGUACUCGAUGCUAAUGAUAAUGCUCCUGUCUUUACGCAAAAGGUAUAUAAAGCCAUAUUAACUGAAAAUGCAGCGAAGGGGUUUAAAUUGACCACAUUCAGUGCCACUGACGCAGAUGACGGAUCUAAUGGUCAUGUGACAUACUACGUUGCAAGCAAAGAUGAUAUUGUGCGAAAUAUGUUUAUUAUUGAUCAGCAUAGUGGCGAGGUAACUUUAAAUGGCUUCGUUGACUUUGAAAAGGCAAGUCACUAUCAGAUUGAUAUUCAGGCUAAAGAUCAAGGGGGGCUUUCUGAUUCCUGUAAGAUGAUUAUUGAUGUGUUGGACAUUAAUGAUAACAAACCAGUGAUAAGCUUACUCUCUAUAUCAAACUCUGUGUCUGAGGACUCCACGCCUGGAACAGUUGUUGCUAUGAUGAAAGUAGAUGAUACAGACUCAGGUGUGAAUGGCCAGAUUCAUUGCACGAUAAAUGACAACAUUCCAUUUGCUCUUAUAUCAUCAUCCAGUAAUUUCAUCAGCCUGCGUAUAGAGCAGCAACUGGACAGAGAGAGAGAUGCUGAAUACAAUAUCAGUGUCACAUGCUCUGAUCAGGGGGUGCCUGCGCUCUUCAGCAGUGCCUCUCUGUCUUUACAAAUAUCAGAUGUGAAUGACAAUGCUCCUGUCUUUGAGAAAAGUCACUAUGAGGCAUGUGUGGUGGAGAAUAACACACCUGGUCUCUCUAUAUUUACAGUUAAAGCCAGUGAUGCUGAUUGGAAUCAGAAUGCCCGUGUUUCUUAUAUUCUAGAAGACAGCACUGUUAAUGGAGUCUCUGUCUCAUCAUAUGUGUCAGUUCAUCCUGACAGCGGACUGAUUACAGCUGUGCACUCUUUCGACUAUGAACAGCUGAAAGAUUUCCACUUCCGAGUAAAAGCACAAGAUGGAGGCUCUCCUCCACUCAGUAGUAACGCGACAGUAAAAAUUACUAUUCAAGAUCAGAAUGACAACACUCCUCAGGUUCUGUAUCCAGUACAGACUGGUGCUUCUGUGGUGGCUGAGAUUGUGCCUCGUGCUGCAGAUGUUGGAUAUCUGGUCACUAAAGUGGUGGCUGUUGAUGUGGACUCUGGACAGAAUGCCUGGCUCUCCUAUAAACUACAUAAAGUUACAGACAGAGCGCUGUUUGAAGUGGGUUUGCAGAAUGGAGAAAUAAGAACUGUGCGACAAGUGACUGAUAAAGAUGCGGUCAAACAAAAACUGACGGUUGUUGUGGAGGAUAACGGACAGCCCUCUCGCUCAGCUGUGGUCUCCAUUAACGUAGCUGUAGCUGACAGCUUUCCUGAAGUGCUGUCAGAAUUCACAGACUUUACGCAUGAAAAACAAUAUAAUGACAGCCUGACUUUUUAUUUAAUCUUGGCUCUCACAGUGGUCUCCCUGCUCUUCAUAGUCUCAAUUACUUUAAUAAUUUCAGUGAAAAUCUACAGAUGGAGGCAGAAUAAGCUAUUUUAUAAAUCUGGGGCAAAUCUACCUGUAAUUCCAUAUUACCCUCCAGUCUAUGCAGACGGCACAUUGCAGCAUGUGUAUAAUUAUGAAAUGUGCGGGACCACUGAUUCAAGGAUGAGUGACAUGAAGUUUAUCAGGCCCUACAGUCAGAACACACUGGUGAGCCAGAGUCGUUUGGGAACAGUUCAGAGAGAAAAGAAGGAGCAGGAGGUUGACGACCUGACUUUAGAGGUGAGACCUUGUUUGAUGUUUUAA